ACGGCGGACCCCCGGCUUCCUGACGGGGACGCAGCGCAAAGAGGAAGCGCGGCGGCCCCGAGUCUCCCUGAGCCAUGGGCAAUGAGGCGAGCUUGGAAGGGGAAGGGCUCCCCGAAGGGCUGGCGGCAGCAGCGGCCGCGGCCGCCGGAGGAGGGGCUGGCGGGGCGGGGAGCCCCUUGCACACCGUGAUUCCGGCCGGCAUGGAGGCAGAUCUGAGCCAGCUGAGCGAAGAGGAGAGGAGACAGAUCGCCGCUGUCAUGUCAAGGGCGCAGGGUCUGCCCAAGGGAAGCGUUCCCGUGGCCGCUGCGGAGCCGCCUUCCUUGCACAGGAAACAAGAGUUGGAUAGUAGUCACCCUUCAAAGCCACCAGGAAAACCACCGGACCCCGGGCGUCCAGCUCAGCCUGGUCUCAGUAAAAGUAGAACUACAGACACUUUGCGGUCGGAGCAGAAAUUGCCUGGAAGGAGUCCGUCCACUAUUAGUUUGAAAGAAUCAAAGUCCAGAACUGAUUUUAAGGAAGAGCACAAGUCUAGCAUGAUGCCUGGCUUCCUCUCAGAGGUUAACCCUUUAAGUGCUGUCUCAUCUGUUGUAAAUAAAUUCAAUCCUUUUGAUUUGAUAUCAGACUCUGAUGCAUCCCAGGAAGACGCUGCCAAGAAACAAAAAAUAGCUCAGAAGGAACAAGGAAAACCUGAAGGAAUGACAAAGCCUCCGUCACAACAGUCACCCAAGUCAAUUCCUAAGCAGCAAGGACCUGUCAGCACCCCACUUCAGCAGGAUAGCACUCCCAAAUCAGUAUCUUCUCAGCAACCAGAAAAAAUGAAAUCACAACCUCCAGGGACUGGAAAGCCAAUUCAGGGGCUUACCCAGGCUCCUCAGACAGACCAGACAAAAUUGCCACUUCAAAGAGAUGCAACUAGGCCUCAGACUAAACAGGCAGACACAGUCAAGGGAGAAUCAGUCAAACCCUUACUGCAAAGCCAAUCCAAGCCACCAACUCAAGAAGCAAGCCCUGGAAAACCUCCAGUGCAGCAGCCUGGACCUGAAAAACCUUCCACGCCACAGCCUGGACCUGCAAAAACAACUCAGCAAGCAGGGCCAGCGAAGGCCCUAGCUCAAGCUGGGACAGCAAAGCCCUCAGCUCAGCAGCUGACAGCAAAACCCCCAGUCCAGCCACCAGGGACAGCAAAGCCGGCAUCUCAGCCUCCAGGACCAGCAAAGCACCCAGCCCAGCAUGUGGGAACACCAAAAUCUCCAGCGCAGCCACCUGGGCCUACAAAGACCCCAGCACAGCAGGCUGGGCCAGUAAAGUCUCUGGCUCAGCAGCCUGGGCCAGGAAAGACUCCUGCUCAACAGCCUGGCCCCACAAAGCCACCUCCUCAACAGCCUGGCCCAGCAAAACCUCCUGCUCAACAGCCUGGCCCAGCAAAACCCCCUGCUCAACAGCCUGGCCCAGCAAAGCCCCCUGCUCAACAGCCUGGCCCAGCAAAGCCCCCUGCUCAACAGCCUGGCCCAGCAAAGCCCCCUGCUCAACAGCCUGGCCCAGCAAAGCCCUCUGCUCAACAGCCUGGCCCAGCAAAGCCCUCUGCUCAACAGCCUGGCCCAGCAAAGCCAUCAGCUCAGCAAUCUGCAGAACCAGUAAGCCAGGCAGGACCCGGGAAACCUCAGCCACUGACUUCAUCUGCAGCCCAAAUUCCGGUGCAGGGCCCCCCGAAAACCAUCUGUCCUCUUUGCAAUACCACUGAAUUGCUGUUGCAUGUUCCGGAAAAGGCCAAUUUUAACACAUGCACUGGAUGUAAAACCACUGUGUGUAGCCUCUGUGGUUUUAAUCCCAAUCCCCAUAUAACUGAGGUAAAAGAGUGGCUCUGUUUAAACUGUCAGAUGCAAAGGGCUCUAGGAGGUGACCUGGCUCCAAUUCCGCCAUCACCCCAGCCCAAACCGAAGACAGCCCCAGUUACUCCUGCAUCAGUGGUGAGCAAACCAUCCCCACAGUCACAGCAGAUUCCUCCAAAGAAGGAUCCUGCAUCCAAACAGGAUAUCCCAAAGGCACCUGAGUCUAAAAAGCCCCCACCACUAGUGAAACAACCAACCCUUCAUGGCUCUCCCCCAGCCCCAGCCAAGCAGCCUCCUGGGGCAGAGUCCUCAUCUAAGCCAGUGCCUCCCAAAGAGCCUUCUGUCCCGCCCGAGCAGGCCAAGGUCCCCAUGGCUGAUGAUAAACCAAAGCAGCCCAAGACGGCGAAAUCAGCCACAGACAUUGUGUCUUCUUUGUCAACAGCAACAAGGCCUGACAUUCCAAGCUCCAAAGGACAGUCACAGGAUCAAGAGAAAACAACUCCUCCUUUAAAAACAGACUCUGCCAAAACUUCACAGAGUUUUCCACCAACAGGAGAAAAAGUCACCCCACUCGAUUCUAAAGUGAUACCGCGACCUGCAUCAGAUUCGAAAAUUAUUUCACAUCCUGGGCCUAGUGUGGAGAGCAAAGGUCAAAAACAAGUUGAUCCAGUUCAAAAGAAGGAAGAACCCAAGAAAGCACAAACCAAAAUCAGUCCUAAGCCAGAUGCCAAGCCUAUGCCAAAAGGGGCACCAACACCUCCAGGCCCACGACCUGCCACUGGCCAAACUGCCCCCCCAUCUCAACAGCCACCAAAGCCUCAGGAGCAGUCAAGACGUUUUAGUCUGAACCUGGGAAGUAUUACUGAUGCUCCUAAAUCACAGCCCACCACUCCUCAAGAAACUGUGACUGGGAAACUAUUUGGGUUUGGAGCGUCGAUCUUCAGCCAGGCAUCAACUCUUAUCUCCACAGCAAGCCAGCCUGGAUCUCAUUCACAAAGUGGGCCAGGGGGCCCUGCAAAGCCGGUCUCUUCUCCUUCACAGCCACCUUCUUCUCAGGGGCCACCCAAAUCUACCAGUCAGGUACCGCCAGCACCUGCAAAGGUUACACCUGUGAAAAAGGAAACAAAAGCUCCAGUAGCUGAAAAAUUAGAGCCCAAAGCUGAACAACUUCCAACAGUAAAAAGAACAGAAACAGAAAAGAAGCCUCUGCCUGUUAAGGAUAGCAAACCUUCAACAGCUGAGCCCCAAAAGGCUGCCCUGCCCCCCAAACUGGAGAAAACCCCCAGACCCGAAUCAGCCUGUCCUCUCUGCAAAACUGAACUCAACAUAGGUUCUAAGGAUCCUCCUAACUUCAACACUUGCACUGAAUGCAAGAAUCAAGUGUGUAAUCUUUGUGGAUUUAACCCUACUCCACACCUGACUGAGAUUCAAGAAUGGCUUUGUUUAAAUUGCCAGACCCAGAGAGCGAUAUCAGGACAGCUUGGCGACAUAGGCAAAAUGCCCCCUACACCAUUAGGACCAAAAGCCUCUUCUACACCUGUUCCUACAGAACAAUCACCUCAGAAAACAGCAACACCUGGACAAGUAAAAGUUAAAAAGAAGGAACAAGAAAUAAAAACAAAAAGUGAAAAAAUCAUUCCAGAAAAAGUAAAAGAAACACCUGUCAUUGAAAAAAUGUCCCCUGAGGUAACCACAGAUCAAAAACAAGAAGAGAGUAAACAAGAAAAAGUCAAAGUUUUAGCCCCUCAAGAAAAAAGGGCAGUCUCUGAAGAAAAAAAACCACUUUCAGAAGAUAAAAAGCCAACCACUGAAGGAAAAAGGCCACCUCCUCAAGAAAAAAGGCCACCUCCUGAAGAAAAAAAGCUACCUCCUGAAGGAAAAAGGCCACCUCCUGAAGAAAAAAGGCCACCUCCUGAAGAAAAAAGGCCACCUUCUGAAGAGAAAGGACCACCUCCUGAAGAAAAAAAGCCCCCUCUUGAAGAAAAAAUGCCACCUCCUGAAGAAAAAAGGCCACCUUCUGAAGAAAAAGGGCCACCUCCUGAAGAGAAAAGGCCACCUCUUGAAAUUAAAAAGCCAACUUCUAAAGACCAAAUGCCAACCCCUGAAGAAAAAAAGGUUCCCCCAGGAGCAAAAACAUUAGCUCUAGAGGAGGAACAGAAACAUGACUUUCUUAAAACUCACGUACAAAUUGCUGAAGAAACGCUUGAAGGCAGAGUAGCUCCACAGGCAACCCAGGAGAAGAAACCAUCACAGAUGGAGAGGGAAGAUUCAGCAACUGGGGUGCUUCAGACUUUGCCUGAGGAAGAUGAUGGGACAACUAAAAAAAUAAAAGAUCAACCACAGGCAGUUUGCACAGUAAAGCCUGAUCAGGUGGAACCUGGGAAAGAAAAAACAGAAAAGGAAGAUGACAAAUCAGACACCUCAAGUUCUCAACAGCCUAAAAGCCCACAAGGUCUGAGUGACACAGGAUAUUCUUCUGAUGGCAUAUCAGGGUCACUUGGUGAAAUUCCAAGUCUUAUUCCAAGUGAUGAAAAAGAUUUGCUCAAAGGUCUCAAAAAGGACUCUUUUUUACAAGAAAGCGGUCCCUCCAGCCCCUCAGAUUUGGCUAAGUUGGAAAGUACUGUCCUAUCCAUUUUGGAAGCCCAGGCAAGUACACUGGUUGAAGAAAUGUCAGGAAAGAAAACACAACCUCAAAUGGUUUCUCCUGAGCAGCCUAAGGAUGAUGAGCAGAAGACUCAGGGAUUAAGUGAAACAUUGGAAACUAUAAUUUCAGAAGAGAAGCUCAAAGAGAGUCGAGAAGAAAAAGAUACUUUUACAAAAGAUGGUCAAAAAGAUGCUCCUUCCAGAAAGGACCACAAAGAAAAGUCUGAGUUUGUUGAUGACAUAGCUACAAGAAGACAGCUUUAUGAUUCAGUUGAAGACAGUAGCGAAAGUGAAAACUCACCUGUUCCACAAAGAAAACGGAGAACUAGUAUCGGUUCAUCAAGCAGUGACGAGUAUAAACAGGAAGAUAGUCAAGGAUCAGGUGAAGAGGAGGACUUUAUCCGCAAACAGAUCAUAGAAAUGAGUGCUGAUGAAGAUGCUUCAGGUUCUGAAGAUGACGAGUUCAUUAGGGACCAGCUCAAAGAGAUCAGUAGUACUAUUGAGAGCCAGAGGAAGGAAGAAACAAAAGGGAAAGGGAAAGUAACAGCAGGGAAACACAAGCGACUGACUCGAAAAAGUAGCACAAGCUUUGAUGAUGAUGCAGGGAGACGCCAUUCAUGGCAUGAUGAAGAUGAUGAGACAUUUGAUGAAAGUCCUGAAAUUAAAUACAGAGAAACUAAAAGUCAGGAGAGUGAAGAACUUGUCGUUGCUGGUGGAGGAGGGCUACGUCGAUUUAAAACGAUUGAACUCAACAGCACAAUUGCAGAUAAAUAUUCUGCAGAAUCAUCACAGAAAAAAACAGCAUUGUAUUUUGACGAAGAGCCAGAAUUAGAAAUGGAAAGCCUGACAGACUCACCAGAAGAUAGGUCAAGAGGGGAAGGAUCUUCUAGUCUUCAUGCUUCCAGCUUCACUCCUGGCACAUCCCCUACAUCGGUGUCAUCACUUGAUGAGGACAGUGACAGUAGCCCGAGUCACAAAAAAGGAGAGAGCAAACAGCAACGCAAAGCUCGGCACAGAUCUCAUGGUCCUCUUUUACCUACUAUUGAAGAUUCUUCAGAGGAAGAAGAAUUGAGAGAGGAAGAAGAAUUAUUGAAGGAGCAAGAAAAGCAGCGGGAAUUAGAACAGCAACAAAGAAAGAGUUCUAGUAAAAAAUCAAAGAAAGACAAAGAUGAACUUCGAGCUCAGAGAAGGAGGGAAAGACCAAAGACACCACCCAGUAAUCUCUCUCCCAUUGAGGAUGCGUCUCCAACAGAAGAACUGCGUCAGGCUGCAGAAAUGGAGGAGCUCCAUCGAUCUUCUUGUUCUGAAUAUUCACCCAGCAUAGAGUCAGAUCCAGAAGGUUUUGAAAUAAGCCCAGAAAAAAUAAUAGAAGUGCAAAAAGUUUAUAAAUUGCCCACAGCUGUGUCUUUAUACUCACCGACGGAUGAACAUUCUAUUAUGCAGAGAGAUGGUGGCCAAAAGGUAUUAAAAAGUGCUGAGGAGAUAUAUGAAGAAAUGAUGCAUAAAACCCACAAAUAUAAAGCUUUUCCAGCUGCAAAUGAACGAGAUGAAAUAUUCGAAAAGGAGCCUUUGUAUGGUGGGAUGCUAAUAGAAGAUUACAUUUAUGAAUCUUUAGUAGAGGACACAUACAAUGGUUCAGUUGAUAGCAGUCUGCUAACAAGGCAAGAAGAUGAAAAUGGGUUUAUGCAGCAGAGAGGGAGAGAGCAAAAAAUAAGACUUCCAGAACAGAUUUAUGAUGAUCCUAUGCAGAAAAUUACAGACCUCCAGAAAGAGUUUUAUGAGUUAGAAAGCUUACAUUCUGUUGUGCCUCAAGAAGACAUUGUUUCAAGUUCUUAUAUUAUCCCAGAAAGCCAUGAGAUAGUGGAUCUGGGUAGUAUGGUAACUUCUACCAGUGAAGAAAAAAAAUUACUAGAUGCUGAUGCUGCCUAUGAAGAACUCAUGAAGAGGCAACAGAUGGAGUUAACACCUGAAUCCAGUCCAACCCAGCCCCCCAUCAGGGAUGACAUGACAGAGUCCACUAUGGACUUUGAUAGGUUGCCCGAUGCAUCUUUGACAUCAAGUAUUCUUUCAGGAGCAUCUCUUACAGAUUCAACCAGCAGUGCAACACUCUCUAUUCCAGAUGUUAAAAUAACCCAACAUUUUUCAACAGAGGAAAUUGAAGAUGAAUAUGUAACCGAUUAUACAAGAGAAAUUCAAGAGAUAAUUGCCCAUGAAUCAUUUAUUUUGACAUACCCUGAGCCUUCAGAAAGUGCUACAGCUUUUCCACCCUCUGACACCCCUUCCCUCACAUCAUCUGUUUCUUCAGUUUGUACCACAGAUAGCUCCUCACCCAUCACCACCCUUGAUAGCAUAACCACAGUUUAUACAGAGCCAGUAGACAUAGUAACUAAGUUUGAAGAUUCUGAGAUUUCUUCAUCAACAUACUUUCCAGGCAGCAUUAUAGACUAUCCAGAAGAAAUAAGUAUAUCUUUAGAUCAGACUGCCACACCAGAUGGUAGAACUAGUGCUGAUCAUAUUGAGAUUUCAUUAUCUGAUAUGCUACCCUCUGUCUUAGAAUCUGAAGAAACUAAACCCAAGGGGCUAAUUGCUGAUACCAUUUCCACUGACUUAUCUAUACCUGAAAAAGACCCAGCGAAGAAAGCAAAGAAGGAAACUGGGAAUGGAAUUAUUCUGGAAGUUUUGGAAGCUUACAGAGAUAAGAGGAAGGAGUCAGAGGUUGAACUAACAAAAAUUAGCUUAUCUGAAACUGUGUUUGAUCAACCACCUUCUGGAAUAGUCCUUCCAAUGAAGGAACAAGUUUCAACUGCAUGCUUUAUAUCUGAAGAAGUCUUUGGUCAAGCAAAACCUGCAUCUCAGUUACCACCUGGAAGUCCUUCUGUUUCCUCUCUUCCAACUAAUACACGUGUAUUCUUACGAAGUUCUUCUUUGGACAUAUCAGCUCAGCCUCCUCCCCCUCCUCCUCCACCCCCACCCCCUCCUCCACCUCCACCUCCUCCUCCUCCCCCACCGCUUCCUCCACCAACCUCACCUAAACCCGCUAUUCAUCCUAAAAAAAAGUUAACAGUUACAGCUCCAGUGACUCUAACUAUGACAGCUAUACCUCUAGUUGACACUGUUACUCCUGAAGAGACCACAGUUGUUCCAAGGAGUAAUGGGUUACCUGUAACAAAAAUAUGUACCACUGCACCUCCACCUGUUCCCCCUAAGCCAUCUUCAAUUCCAUCUGGACUUGUAUUUACACAUAGACCUGAGCCUAGCAAACCUCCCAUUGCCCCUAAACCAUCAGUUCCACAGCUUCCAGUAACUACACAAAAACCAAUAGAAAUGCACCCCAAACCAACAGGUCUACCUUCAACUUCAAAUAUGACAUUAAAUUUAGUCACCACAGCAGAUUAUAAAUUGCCUUCCCCUACUUCUCCACUUUCCCCUCACUCUAACAAGUCCUCACCAAGAUUUUCCAAAUCCCUCAUGGAAACUUACGUGGUUAUCACACUGCCAUCUGAACCUGGGACUCCAACAGAUUCUUCAGCUAGUCAAGCAAUUACCAGUUGGCCCCUGGGAUCACCCUCCAAAGAUCUCAUGGCCAUUGAACCAGUGUUUUCUGUAGUUCCUCCUGUGACAGCUGCAGAAAUUUCACACCCAUCAGAACAGAGCCUCUACAUUUCAGGAGCUUUGGAGACAUUUUCUGCUCUUCCUAUCACAACACUAUCUUCGUGUCAAGCAGCUCCAAGUUCAGUUACACAGUUUCUUACAACUGAAGUCUCUAAGGCUGAGGUUUCAGCAGCCAGAAGUACAGUCCCUAGUGUUGGUCUCGGCAGUGUCUGUAUAACAAUUCCUCCAGAGCCUCUUGCUUUAGACAACCUAAAUUUAGAAAAGCAUCAGCAUAAAGAAGAUGGAAAGUUACAACUUAUCGGUGAUGCCAUUGAUUUACGUACAGUACCAAAAGUGGAAAUUAAAGUAACUGAAAAGUGUAUGGAUCUUUCUGCUUCUACAAUGGAUUUGAAAAGGCAGACUACAACAAAUGAAGCUUAUGGGAGACAGAUCAGUGCUGUCCAACCCUCUAUUAUAAAUCUCAGUGCAACUUCAUCAGUAGUGACUCCAGCAUCCCUGGUCACUGAGACAGUGACUGCUGCCACAUGCACAGUUGGUGCAAGUUACACUGCAGGCACAGAAAGCUUUGUGGGUAUAAGACAUGCAACAACAACACCACUUCAGCUUACUACAUCAAAGCAUACUGAGCUCCCAUACAGGAUACCAAGUGGCCAGUCUUUUCCUACAGUUAGGCAGGAAGCACCAAUAAACUUAUCUUUAGGUACUUCAGCACAUGCAAUGGCACUGGCUACUACAAAGCCUGUUACUGUGCCUCCUGUUGGUGUGACAAAUGGAUGGAGUGAUAGCACCACAUCCCAGGGAAUCACUGAUGGAGAAGUAGUGGAUCUCAGUACAACAAAGUCUCAUAGAACUGUUGUAACAGUGGAUGAAUCUACUUCAAGUGUGGUGACCAAAAUAAUAGAAGAUGAUGAAAAACCUGUUGAUCUGACUGCAGGGAGAAGAGCUGUGUGCUGUGAUGUGGUUUAUAAGUUACCUUUUGGAAGGAGCUGCACAGCACAGCAGCCUGCAACUACUCUACCUGAGGAUCGUUUUGGUUAUAGGGAUGACCACUAUCAGUAUGAUCGAUCAGGGUCAUAUGGAUACAGAGGGAUUGGGGGAAUGAAGCCUUCCAUGUCUGACACUAACUUAGCAGAAGCUGGACAUUUUUUCUAUAAAAGUAAGAAUGCUUUUGAUUAUUCAGGAGAAACUGAUGCAGCAGUAGAUCUAACUUCAGGGAGAAGUUCUGCAGGUGAGGUAAUGGAUUAUUCAAGCAAGACUACAGGUCCGUAUCCAGAAACACGACAAGUCAUUUCAGGAGUUGGGAUUAGUACCCCGCAGUAUUCCACAGCAAGAAUGACCCCACCUCCAGGACCCCAGUAUGGUGUGGGAAGUGUUUUGAGGUCAACUAACGGCAUUGUCUAUUCUUCAGUGGCAACUCCAAUCCCCUCCACAUUUGCUAUCACCACACAACCUGGUUCCAUUUUCAGCACCACUGUGAGGGAUCUGUCUGGUGUGCACACAACUGAUGCAGCGACUUCAUUAUCCACCCUGCACCAGAGCCAGCCAAUGCCUAGAUCAUAUUUCUUAACAACAGGUGCAUCUGAAACAGACAUUGUAGUAACUGGUAUUGAUAUCAAUGCCAGUCUGCAAACUAUUACUAUGGAAACUCUUACUGCUGAGACAAUAGACUCAGUUCCCACUUUAACCACAGCAUCUGAAGUGUUUUCUGAUGUGGUGGGAGAUGAAAGUGCUAUUUUAAUUGUCCCUGAAGAAGAUAAACAACAGCAGCAACUAGACCUGGAGCGUGAGCUCUUGGAACUGGAGAAAAUUAAGCAACAGCGUUUUGCUGAGGAGUUGGAGUGGGAACGUCAAGAAAUUCAAAGGUUCCGGGAACAAGAAAAGAUCAUGGUUCAGAAAAAGCUGGAGGAACUGCAGUCUAUGAAGCAGCACCUUCUCUAUCAGCAGGAAGAAGAACGUCAAGCCCAGUUCAUGAUGAGGCAGGAGACGUUAGCUCAGCAGCAGUUACAGCUGGAGCAGAUCCAGCAGCUGCAGCAACAGCUUCACCAGCAGUUAGAGGAGCAAAAAAUUCGCCAGAUCUACCAGUAUAACUAUGAUCCUUCUGGAACUGCUUCUCCACAAACCACAACAGAGCAGGCAAUGUUGGAAGGUCAGUAUGCUGCCCCAGAAGGCAGUCAGUUUUGGGCAGCUGAAGAUGCAACCACUACCGCCUCAGCCGUUGUGGCAAUUGAAAUACCACAAAGCCAAGGAUGGUACACGGUUCAGUCUGAUGGUGUUACUCAGUACAUUGCCCCACCUGGCAUCCUGAGUACAGUUUCAGAAAUACCUUUAACAGACGUUGUUGUAAAAGAUGAAAAACAACCCAAAAAGAGAAGUUCUGGAGCUAAAGCCCGUGGACAGUAUGAUGAGGUAGGGGAAAAUAUGGCAGAAGAUCCCCGCUGUUUUAAAAAGAUAGUAGACAGUGGUGUUCAAACUGACGAUGAAGACGCGGCAGAUCGGAGUUACACGAGUAGGAGAAGGAAAACUAAAAAGAGCGUUGACACAAGUGUCCAGACUGAUGAUGAAGAUCAGGAUGAAUGGGAUAUGCCCACUAGAUCAAGGAGAAAAGCCCGUGUGGCAAAGUAUGCUGACAGCACUGCAGAGGCUGAGAAGACCAAACCCCUUUCCAAAGUCUCCAGCAUAGCAGUUCAAACAGUGGCAGAGAUAUCUGUGCAAACUGAACCGGUUGGAACCAUACGAACACCUUCGAUACGGGCACGCGUGGAUGCCAAGGUAGAAAUAAUUAAACACAUUUCAGCACCUGAAAAGACUUACAAAGGGGGCAGUUUAGGAUGUCAAACAGAAGCAGAUUCAGACACACAGAGUCCUCAAUAUCUGAGUGCCACAUCUCCACCCAAAGACAAGAAACGCCCAACACCUUUAGAGAUUGGUUAUUCAUCUCACCUUCGGGCAGAUUCCACACUACAGCUGGCUCCUUCCCCACCCAAAUCUCCAAAAGUCCUUUAUUCACCCAUCUCACCACUUUCACCAGGCAAAGCCUUAGAAUCAGCCUUUGUACCUUAUGAAAAACCCCUCCCUGAUGAUGUAAGUCCACAGAAAGUACUGCAUCCAGAUAUGGCUAAAGUUCCCCCAGCGAGUCCUAAGACAGCCAAGAUGAUGCAGCGGUCCAUGUCUGACCCCAAGCCUCUGAGUCCAACAGCAGAUGAAAGUUCCAGGGCUCCUUUUCAGUAUACCGAGGGCUACACGACAAAAAGUUCUCAAACCAUAACACCCUCUGGCACCCAGAAAAAAGUUAAGAGAACUCUGCCAAACCCACCUCCUGAGGAGACCUCAGCAGGGACUCAGUCGACUUACAGCACAAUGGGCACAGUUUCCAGGAGAAGGAUCUGCAGAACCAACACAAUGGCACGGGCCAAGAUUCUCCAGGAUAUAGACAGAGAACUUGAUCUUGUAGAGAGGGAAUCUGCAAAACUUAGGAAGAAGCAAGCAGAACUUGAUGAGGAAGAAAAGGAGAUUGAUGCCAAGUUACGGUACCUGGAAAUGGGAAUUAACAGGAGGAAAGAGGCAUUGUUAAAAGAGAGAGAAAAGAGAGAGCGAGCCUACCUCCAGGGAGUGGCCGAGGACCGGGAUUACAUGUCUGACAGUGAGGUGAGCAGCACCAGACCAACCCGAAUAGAAAGUCAGCAUGGCAUAGAGCGACCAAGAACUGCUCCCCAAACUGAAUUCAGCCAGUUUAUACCCCCACAGACCCAAACAGAAUCUCAGCUAGUUCCUCCUACAAGUCCUUAUACGCAAUACCAAUACUCUUCCCCUGCUCUUCCUACCCAAGCACCUACCCCAUACACCCAACAAUCCCAUUUUCAGCAACAAACUUUGUACCACCAGCAGGUUUCGCCUUACCAGACUCAGCCCACAUUUCAAGCUGUGGCAACAAUGUCCUUCACACCUCAGGCUCAACCUACACCAACCCCACAACCUUCUUAUCAGUUACCAUCGCAGAUGAUGGUGAUACAACAAAAGCCACGGCAAACUACAUUAUAUUUGGAGCCCAAGAUAACUUCAAACUAUGAGGUGAUUCGCAACCAACCCCUGAUGAUAGCACCUGUUUCUACUGAUAAUACAUAUGCUGUUUCCCAUCUUGGUAGUAAGUACAAUAGCUUAGACUUGAGAAUAGGAUUGGAGGAGAGAAGUAGCAUGGCAAGCAGUCCAAUAUCAAGCAUAUCUGCAGAUUCUUUUUAUGCAGAUAUUGACCAUCAUACUUCUCGAAAUUUUGUCCUAAUUGAUGACAUUGGAGAGAUUACCAAAGGAACAGCAGCAUUAACCACUGCAUUUAGCCUUCAUGAAAAGGAUCUGUCAAAAACAGACCGACUCCUUAGAACCACCGAAACACGGAGGUCUCAAGAAGUGACAGAUUUCCUAGCACCAUUACAGACUUCCUCCAGAUUGCAUAGUUAUGUGAAAGCAGAGGAUGAUCCAAUGGAGGAUCCUUAUGAAUUAAAGCUUCUGAAGCAUCAGAUUAAACAAGAAUUCCGUAGAGGGGCAGAGAGCUUAGAUCACCUUGCUGGUCUUUCCCAUUAUUACCAUGCGGAUACUAGCUACAGACAUUUUCCAAAAUCUGAAAAGUACAGCAUUAGUAGACUCACACUUGAAAAGCAAGCAGCAAAACAACUGCCAGCAGCCAUACUUUACCAAAAGCAGUCAAAACAUAAGAAAUCACUAAUUGACCCUAAAAUGUCAAAAUUUUCACCUAUUCAAGAGAGUAGAGACCUUGAACCUGAUUAUUCAAGCUAUAUGACUUCUGGCACUUCAUCUAUUGGUGGAAUUUCUUCCAGAGCAAGGCUCCUUCAAGAUGAUAUCACCUUUGGCCUCAGAAAAAAUAUUACAGACCAACAAAAAUUUAUGGGAUCAUCUCUUGGCACAGGACUUGGUACCUUGGGAAAUACCAUUCGGUCAGCUCUGCAGGAUGAAGCAGAUAAGCCAUACAGUAGUGGGAGCAGGUCCAGACCUUCUUCCAGACCUUCUUCUGUUUAUGGGCUUGAUUUAUCACUCAAAAGAGAUUCUUCCAGCUCUUCCCUAAGACUGAAAGCUCAAGAGGCUGAAGCUCUAGACGUUUCCUUUGGUCAUGCAUCACCCUCUGGCAGAACUAAGCCUACCAGUUUGCCAAUUAGCCAGAGUAGAGGAAGAAUACCAAUUGUGGCCCAGAAUUCUGAAGAAGAAAGUCCACUCAGCCCUGUUGGCCAGCCAAUGGGAAUGGCCAGAGCUGCAGCUGGACCACUGCCACCAAUAUCUGCAGACACCAGAGAUCAGUUUGGAUCAAGUCAUUCACUGCCUGAAGUUCAGCAACACAUGAGAGAAGAAUCACGGACUCGAGGCUAUGACCGUGACAUAGCAUUCAUUAUGGAUGACUUCCAACAUGCCAUGUCAGACAGUGAAGCUUAUCACCUGCGUCGUGAAGAAACAGAUUGGUUUGACAAACCCAGGGAGUCUCGUUUGGAAAAUGGACAUGGUCUGGAUCGAAAACUGCCAGAAAGAUUGGUCCACUCUAGACCACUCAGUCAACAUCAAGAGCAAAUUCUACAGAUGAAUGGGAAGACUGUGCACUACAUCUUUCCUCAUGCAAGGAUAAAAAUAACUAAAGACUCUAAGGAUCACACAGUUUCAGGUAAUGGAUUAGGAAUUAGAAUUGUGGGUGGUAAAGAAAUCCCUGGACAUAGCGGAGAAAUUGGAGCCUAUAUCGCCAAGAUUCUCCCCGGGGGAAGUGCAGAACAGACAGGGAGACUUACGGAAGGGAUGCAAGUAUUGGAAUGGAAUGGAAUUCCUUUAACUUCUAAAACGUAUGAAGAAGUGCAGAGUAUCAUUAGUCAGCAAAGUGGGGAAGCAGAAAUAUGUGUAAGACUGGACCUCAAUAUGCUAUCAGAUUCUGAAAAUCCCCAACAUCUAGAACUGCAUGAACCACCAAAAUCUGUCGAUAAAGCAAAAUCCCCAGGGGUUGAUCCUAAGCAACUGGCAGCAGAGCUCCAGAAGGUUUCGCUGCAGCAGUCGCCGCUGGUCCUGUCCUCCGUCGUUGAAAAAGGGUCCCACGUGCAUUCAGGUCCUGCAUCAGCAGGAUCCAGCUCCGUCCCCAGCCCUGGGCAACCAGGGUCACCCUCAGUGAGCAAAAAGAAACACAGCAGCAGCAGCAGCAAGCCUACUGAUGCAACAAAGGUUGUCUCCCAUCCAAUUACAGGGGAAAUUCAGCUUCAAAUCAACUAUGAUCUUGGAAAUCUCAUAAUACAUAUUCUCCAAGCAAGAAACCUAGUCCCUCGAGACAACAAUGGUUAUUCUGACCCCUUUGUUAAAGUGUACCUUCUUCCAGGGCGAGGUCAAGUCAUGGUUGUCCAGAAUGCAAGUGCUGAGUACAAGAGAAGGACUAAAUAUGUUCAGAAAAGUCUUAAUCCUGAGUGGAAUCAAACAGUAAUUUAUAAAAGUAUCUCCAUGGAACAGCUCAAGAAGAAAACACUGGAGGUGACAGUGUGGGACUAUGAUAGAUUUUCUUCCAAUGACUUUCUUGGUGAGGUAUUGAUUGAUUUAUCUAGCACAUCUCACCUCGAUAACACCCCUAGGUGGUAUCCUCUCAAAGAACAGACAGAAAGUAUUGAUCAUGGCAAGUCGCACUCCAGUCAAAGCAGCCAGCAGUCCCCAAAGCCAUCUGUCAUUAAAAGCAGAAGCCAUGGCAUCUUCCCUGACCCAGCCAAGGACAUGCAGGUUCCCACCAUUGAGAAAUCCCAUAGUAGUCCCGGUAGCUCGAAAUCCUCAUCUGAAGGCCAUCUCCGUUCUCAUGGACCAUCUCGCAGCCAAAGCAAAACCAGCGUCACUCAAACCCACCUGGAAGACGCAGGGGCUGCUAUAGCCGCUGCUGAAGCCGCUGUGCAACAACUCCGCCUUCAACCAAGUAAAAGACGCAAAUAAAUUCCUCAGCAUGGCAGCUUAAUGUUCAUCUGUUGCCUUUCUUUCCUGCUGUCCUUUCCUGUUUGCUUUCUGUUCUUGGCAUACCCUGCUCACUCUGUUCUCUGUCCCUUUGUCUGUGUAAGAACUAUCAAUACAUAAAUAUGCUCUUUCUUAUUUAGAUUUUUUAGUUUACAUAGACUGCAGUAAAACUGGCUGUUUCUACUUCGUCUCCACCAUCCAUCCAACCUGGCUCAUAGUGUUUGGUAGCUGUGUCUGUGAUGUUUGCAGGCAAACAAUGUUGUGUGUCCUUUUUGUGUGCACUGAACUAUCCUUUAGAGUACAGGAAUUAUAAGCACAAUGGCUGCCAAUUUUCCAGGCAUUACACCAAACACACACACACACAUGCAGGCAUUUAAAACAGAUUAUUCAUGAGAUUCUCACAUCUAAAAACACUCAAAAAUUUGAGGCAGAAGAGCAAUAUGACCAACAGUCAAGUUUUAGAACCUAGGGUGAAAAGCCAUUUUAAGUUUAAAAACAUUAACAGAUUAUGCGUGUGAAAUGUCGUUUUUUUGUGGGAAACUGCCGUCUUUGGGAAAAAGAAAUCUAUGAAGUAAAUCACAUUUCUUAUAUUCUCAAGAAAGUACAGAAUAUUAAUAUGUAUAUAAGUAGAUGCGAUGAGGCAGUACAACCUCAUUAAGGAACAUAAUCGGGUCCAUUCUGUUGGAUCCUGCUUUGUAUAUGAUAACAGAGAACGUUUAUGUUAUUUUUUUUCUAGCCUUUGGAAAUCCUUUGACAGUAAAAUAUCACUUAAAGCAUAACAACUUAUCCAUCUUAACUGCUGCAUCUUCAUUUAAUUUGUGAAAACUUAGUCGAUCGAUAUAUAAAGACUUAAAUACAGAGAUUUUUACAAAUGUCGGUGGGCUGUUACUUCCGAGAGGCACUAGCCAGACAAUGGAGAAAGAUGAGCACAUUCUCCCUAUCGCCCAAAGCCAUCAUUUCCAAAGAAACAGCCAGUUUUAACCCCCUUUAGCGCUGUGCAUGUGGUGUCAUUUUGGCAUUUGAAAACACAACUUACUUAAAUAGAGCGAAAGAUCACUUCUGUUUGCAUGACUAACCUUUAAGCUGGUUUCCUCUGAGGAUACAUACUCUGGGUUUCCAUCUCACCCACACUGCCCCAGCAGCACAUAAAAGCGGUCAGUCUAAUCAUGCCAGGAAGCAGCACAGACACAGCAUAGCAGGAGUCCUCCCCAUUCAAAGAACUCAGUCUGAUAAUCUGCCUCCACCAGCCAAUGGCAACCAAGACCAAAGCCAGCUAGCCCUCAGG